GACCCUGGCAUCAGAGUUUUGUAGUACUGACAAAUAUGUCGGCCUCUGGGAUUCUCUUGGCCACCAAUAUCCUGGAUAUAUGAAAAGAUUAUAUCAUUGUUUUGGAAUUACAUUAAUUUCUUCUUUUUAACUUCCGUACAGGCAGAGCGGCCUACAGACAAAUAUUAGCUAUUUUAAAGAAGUAAAAAAAAAAAAGCUUCCACCCCUAGCUAACAGUUAGUUAAGCUAAGUGCUUGUAGUAAAAUAACGUCAGACGUAUCGGCGACUGGCUAGCUAGCCAACCGUUUAACGUUAUCUGUAAAUUAGCCUGGCGUUGGGAUAGCUAGCCACGAAAGCAAGAGCUUGCUGGCACCGCUGAAUAACUCGAAUGGAUAGUAAUGGGUGUAACGAGUUGUCUCUGUUGAUUACAAUGCCAAGAAGAAAUUACACGACCAGGACUGGUACUUCCCAUUCACCGUUUUUGGACCCGAAACCACUGUGAACCCCCCCGCAGGUGCAGCACCCCCUGACCAACCAUCAGACUGGAUUCUCUUGUCUUCUGACCCAAGACAACCUGUUGAAGUUCAACACCGGCACCCCUGCGUUCUAUCCAUACACACAGUGACCCACGUCACAAACGAAAAGGCCACAGAUAAGCACUGGAUGGGGAAAAUCGCUCGCAUCCUGUUUCCAAGGUCGGAGAAGGACACUUCAAACCUGAAAAACCUCAGGAUACAAAUGGCCCGAGGAGACUCCAUCUUCAACACUUAACAGCCACAGUUUUUCAAAUUUUUGUUGAGGUCAUUUUUAGGCCAUUGCUCCAGAGAGGCCCCUAUCCUCCAAGGGAUUGGUUGUGGGAGACUGUUAUCCAAGCCUCAGUGCUCUCUACUAGGGAAGGAAGCAAGGGGGAAGGCCCUGGAAGUCCCAAGAGAAGAGGGCUGUAAAGAAAACGGUCUGCAGCUGGGAGGCUGGCAGUUACAUAACUAACAGGCGCGGUCGUCCACUAACACAGUGAAACAAGGAGACCAGUGAGGGAACUGAGUUGUUCUAUGUUGCCAUUGCUGGCUGAUAUAAGAUAAUACCAUUAUCUACACACACAUUACCCUCAGCAAUCAGAUCAGCACUGUACCCUGUCAUUUACAUGGAUACUAAUGGAUGUUCUACUGCAUUUUCCCUCAGAUAUUUUGGAAAGAACCACAGCAUUACUUCUUGCUUUUUGUCUUCCAAUCAUAUCCCUGGUGCAGUUGGCAGGUGAGGUGGUUUGAAUCAGCCACCGGCUGGGUUUAGGGAUGCCCCGACACAGGAAAACCAGGCUACUCCACUGGCCCGCUUUCAGACUGCUGUUUCUAAUACGAGUGCUGGACUGAAAGCAAAGUGUCUUUCUCCUCUAACAGAGAGCAAGGAGUUUUCAUUUUUUAUUUACAAGACUUUUUCUCCGCCCAGACUGCUGAUCUCUCGGUGCUAAAAACUUUUUGCUAGCACAGACUUGGGAACAAACAAGCCCAUUUUCCACUUAAGGUCUUGAUCUUUUUCUAAGGUGAAGAAAGUCACGGAGGAAGGAAAAUAGAAAGCCAAGUCAGAUUAUCAUCCCAGACAUUUUCUCUUUCUUUUCAGCCUUGUUUCAUUUAUUGCUGUUGUUCCAUAUUGAAAGUCUCCUACCCAAACAGGUCUACCUCUGCCAACUCUUGUACCUCACUAAACUCGUAUUUAUAGACCAAUCAAAUCAAACGGACACGUUCACAGCAAAGGUUCAUCAGUUUAGCUGAGCUUUUCUGUCUGUCAGGAUUUGGACUUUUACAUCACCAAAUCACUGAUCAACUCAGUAAUUGUGUUUUGACAGAAGGUUUUUUUCAUCAAAAUAACAUGUUUUUAGCCAUGUUUUUUUAAUUGCCCUGUUCUCAUCAUUUUCACCAAGCCUUUAUUCAUAUUGCUACACAAACGGAUUCCCCCUUUUUAGAAGUGUAAGAAUGAUCACUUUCUGUUAGCUUGUGUUUGUAAUUGAUUGGCAUUUUGGGUAGAACCUAGUCAAACUAGUGCUGUGUGUUUAUCUGCAACUCUGUAAGAGACUGUUCGGACAGCUCUUUGUAGUCUGUGGCUUAUUUGUUCAUCUCGGCUUCCCACCUGGUUUUCUGGCUGACAGGAAAACAAGGCUUUUACAGCAGAGCGACUUGUAAGCUUCUUUUAAUCUCACACACAGUAGAUCAGGAUUGACCUAAGAACCUAAGAAAACAAGCAUUUGUUCCUCCUCCCAUCUCAGUGUGGUGAUGCAGAGGAGAGUUUUCCUCUUUAUUUGUGUAAAAGAGAAAGCCUUCAACUAUCGCUCCAUCACUUUUGUAUGUCUCCUUUUUUAUUUUUUUUGCCAUUUUCUAUCCCCAAAUCCACCCAAUACACCUCAAGAAACAUUUAACUCUGAAUCACAAAUUCCCCUGCGAAGCAGUUGCUAAACAGGCACACCCCACCACACAGAAAGUGAUGCCAGGUGGCAGCAGUAAGAGUGGAGGGCGGGGUCCAUCCUCGUCACCCCUCCCCCACGCCGUGGUCCCUCCUAGCAGGCCCUUGCGACCAUCCCGCUACGUCCCGGUGUCGGCAGCCACUUUCUUCCUCGUCGGCUCCACCACGCUCUUCUUCUGCUUCACGUGCCCGUGGCUUUCAGAGCGUUUUUCAAUAGCUGUGCCCAUCUACAAUGGAGUCAUCUUCCUGUUUGUUUUGGCUAACUUCUGUAUGGCCACAUUCAUGGACCCUGGUAUCUUCCCGAGAGCCGAGGAGGACGAGGACAAGGAGGACGAUUUCCGUGCCCCCCUCUACAAGACUGUAGAGAUUAGAGGGAUCCAGGUCAGGAUGAAGUGGUGUUCCACCUGCCGCUUCUACAGGCCGCCACGGUGCUCCCACUGCUCCGUCUGUGACAACUGUGUUGAGGACUUCGACCACCACUGUCCAUGGGUGAACAACUGCAUCGGCAGGAGGAACUACCGCUACUUCUUCCUGUUCCUCCUGUCUCUGACGGCUCACAUCAUGGCCGUGUUUGGCUUUGGCCUGCUCUUCAUCCUCUACCAUCGUCAGAACAUUGACCGCCUGCACGCCAUCGUCACGCUGGCUGUAAUGUGUGUUGCAGGCUUGUUCUUUAUCCCAGUUGCUGGCCUCACUGGUUUCCACAUAGUGCUUGUGGCCAGAGGCAGGACUACCAAUGAGCAGGUUACAGGGAAGUUCAGAGGAGGCGUUAACCCAUUCACCAAUGGCUGCUGGAAGAAUGUCUCUCAUGUCCUCUGCAGCUCGCAGGCACCCAGGUAUCUGGGCAGAAAGAAGUGUGUGCAGAGUGUGUGUGUGCAGCCGCCUUUUCUACGGCCACAGCUGACAGAAGCCCAGCUGGCCGCAAAGAUCCUGGACAACGGCAUACAGGGAGACCUGCACCGGUCAAAGUCCAGUCUGGAGAUGAUGGAGAGCCAGUCAUGUGACGCUGAGCCUCCUCCUCCUCCUAAACCGGAGCUUCGCUACCCUGGAAUCACCAGGGGAAACACGGAGGAGUGCAGUCUACUCAACAAAGCCCCACCCACCCCCACCAUGUACAAAUACAGACCCACCUACAGCCCCGGCAAGAACCACACAGCGCUCACACAUGCUUACGCCAACCAGUUAAGUCGAGGGGAGAGUGUCGGCAGUGCCAGGGACUCCUCCUCUUCUACCUCUUCCCUCCUCCAGGCCAGCCAGCAGCCUGGUUUCCGCUCCCAGCCCAGCCUGGACCGCAGGGACACUUCAUCUGACAGAGUGGGAGGGGGAGGAGGUGGGGAGAGGAGGGAGGGCGGAAGAGAGGCGGGAGGAGGGGGCAUCCCUGGUUACUCCCUCGGUGGACGCUCAUAUCCCUCCUUCUCUGACCCCACCGUCCUAUCAGGAGUGGCGUCGCGAUCUUCCAGCUCCACGCACACCUCGGCAGGUGCUGCCCACGUCUCCGAGGCAACCACAACCUCAGCCAGCUUCAAGAGCUUAGCCAAUCAGACACCCCCGCCUCACCACCCAUCCCGCAACGGGAGCCUGUCAUAUGAUAACUUACUGGCAGGUGGUGAGGACUUUGACAAGGUGGUGGUGGCGGGUUCAGCAACCGCUGAGGUUUCCUCUGGAAGACCCUGCACACCGGCAGCAGGCAGCUACAACUCCCCCUUCCUGUCAUCACAACAAAGAGUUGCUGAGAUGCACUCCCAGUCGCCCCAUCACCACCACCGCUCCUCCCACCACCACCACCACCCUUUCCUCCACCGCUCUUCCUCCUCCACGUCCUCCUCCCCACCACCUCCUCCAGAGAGGGAGUGUCUGCUGGGUGAGCCCCACCCCGGUGCUCACCCCCCACCUACCAGUCAGGCCCCAGCUCUGCCCUCCUCCUCUGCCCCGCCUCCCCCACACCAUCACCACCACCAUCAUCACCACCACCACCACUCCCAUCAUCACCACCACUCCUCUUCCUCUUCCUCCACCUCCCGCCCUCCUCGCUUUGCUGUCCCUCACGCGCCGCCCCACCAUGCUUAUCCCUACCGCACCCGCUCCACCGACACCCCUCUGGGAUCCUCCUCCACCUCCACGACUCACCCACCCCGAUCUCCGCACCCCCCACCUCUGGGCAAGUCGCUCUCCUACUCGAGUGCUGCCGCUGCCGAAAUGCAAUACCGGCUGGUCCGAAAGGCGUCCGCGUCAGCCGGUGCAAAUGCAGCGGGGGUAGGAGGAGGAGGAGGUGGAGGAGGUGGAGGGAUGGGAGGAGGAGGAAUACAAGCGCCGAAGGAUGAACUGAUCCAGAUGAAACCGCUGAGUCGGACCAACGGCGGCCAGCCCUUCUCUUCCACCUCCUCGUGCUCCGCCCCUUCCUCCCCCUCCCAUCCAGUCAGUGUGUCAGCCCGGCCGGGAGUGGCCUAUCCCAGCUCGGCAUUGAUGCAGAGCCCUGCCUAUAAGCCCCAGGGUGGCGGGGUGAAGAAGGUGACGGGCGUCGGGGGCACCACCUACGAGAUUUCUGUCUGAGAGUGAGCCGGCCUCUGGCUCAAGGACCAAUGAGACGAAGAGGAGGUACAGCUCUUUUCUGCCUUUGAGGGAGUAAAACCACUAACCUACUGUAAACCUGGACAUCUGAGGAUGACUCGAACUAUUUUGUCCAGAUCUCACUCCUCAUUGGCUAAUUGACUAUAGAGCAAAACUGUACUGGACUGUCCUGCCUCCAGACAUACACCUCAGUAACUCUACUCGUAAAAUGACAGUAAGACCUGGACUGAUGUAAGCAAGAACUUGGUCGCACAGGGCUAUGAAAGACAUUUUUUAGGGGGGAUUUCACAGGACCAAACAGGAACUAUGAUGUGACUCACUUUUGUGGGUUUUAUCCUCACAGUAGCUCAGUAGGUAGCAUGAGGCACUAGCAUGGUCAGGUCUGGGUGUUACAGUAUAUACAAGUAUAGCAGCGCAAGGCACUGCCACUGCCAGGGUGGGGAGCUUAUCCCCACUGGGGCCACCAAUGAGCUCUGGAUGAGCUCUGCUGAGUUAGACGACUGUAGGUUUAUGAAGUUUCAUAUGAGCACUUUUGGACUGAAGCUGCAUUUAGGUAAAAGUGGACCCUUCAUAAGUCCCGCCCCUUUUUGCUCUGUGCUCCAAUAACAGUUGAGCAAGCCUCUGUCAGAACCAUAGCCAACUUUCUCCUUUACUAUACUUGGAUUUUCCAUGUGCUAGCCUAAUCUAUGUUGAAAAGACAGCCACAUUUUGAUGAUGGUUACAACGUAGAAGUGACAUACCAUUUUAAGUUAGCAAAAUGCUAGCUAACUAGCUUAGUGUGACCAGACCUCCCGAUUUUGUCUGUGAUUGUCCCAGUUCCAAGCUAGGCCUCCCGAGUCCCAAGAAAUAUCUGUAAAACACUACACUGUCCUUGUUUUCAACAAUUACUACCAAAUUGUCCCAGUUUCAACCACAAAUAAUAUAUUAAUAACCAACACGAGUCAUAGGAUGGCGUCAAAGGCUAGAACACUUGUGGCUCUUUGUGACGGUUCGUUGUUAGCUCUCCUGCCGAAGACAGUUUUUUUUUUGAAGGCUUACUCCUUCAUAAAGAAAAUGCUGCAAUGGUUGUGUCCAUGGUGUUAAAAGGUGUGCUAAGCUCUUAAACAGUUGAGGUUUGAAGAGACAUGGUCACCCUAAACUAACUAGCUAAUUUACAUUAAUUGUUAGCUAGCUAGUUACAACUGUUAGCUAAUGUUAGCAAAACGUUAUGAUUAAUGUAGAUAAGUAAGCUAGCCAGCUAGCAUUUUGCUAACUUAAGAUGUGACUAUAUGUCACUUUUAUCUUUUAACCAUCUUCAAAAUGUGCUUGUCUUUUCAACAUAGAUUAGCCUAGCACAUAGCAUAUCUCAGUAGAGGAAAGGAGGAAGUUGACUGAGGUUCAAAAAGGGGCAAGGCUUAGGAAGGGUCAAUUGAUGCAGAUGCUUAAUAUUUUAACAUUUCACCACUUUCACAUUUAGAAUGAUGAUGAUGAUGAUGAUAAGUAUGUGGAACCUGAUCAAAAUCAAAUGUAGAGGCCAUUCAAAGUUAAGGGCUUCCCAUAGACAACCAGUUCAGUGUAAUGUGCAAUCAGUCAAAUCAGAUUAAGUCAUAGCAAGUUCCUAAUACACAGUUCUGGCCCACUUGUCAGUUAAGCCCUGCUGGUAAUAACAGCAUCCACUAAAUGGGACGUGGUGUGAUCGCAUUGGACCAAGUACACAUGGCAGAACCCCCUUAACCUCGUCACUCUCCUGGAGGCUGCUGCCUCGGUCACAGCCUUCCGCUCAGUAAUCAAGCAACUAGAUCUACUAUGGCCGCAAGACAAUCUACUAGUGGCUGGACGAAGCGUUGCCGUGAACAUAUUCGAUCGACGUCGCUGCGUGAAUCGACUCGCCUUUUGAUGGAGGGAUGAAAAUGUGACAUUGAAAAAACAAAAACCAAAAUGCUGGUUUCUUGGAUUCAUUUGUUGAUUUUAUUCCUAGAUGUGAAUAUGAUUCCAUGUUUGUACAGGAUGAUGUGAUUUUAAAUGUGGAUUUCUUUUCUUAUUUUUUUAAAGUGGCAUUCAUAGCGGACUGCAGCAUGCACUACUAUUACUACUAGCCACUAUAGGCCACCGUGUUUGGCUGUAGACCGUGUCGUCUGUUUGAACAAACAGGAAGUGAGGAAACUAAAGUGAACAAGGAAAUCAUGUUUUGGCCUUUCUGUUGUUAAUGGGGUCCUUAAGACAAGGCAGAUUUUUCUAGAAAACAAAUUCCUUGAGCAAUUGCCUUGAAAAUUCAAGUUUUUUUUUAUGUCACCUAUUUAAUUUAAAAUUGUUUUAUAUGAAUUUAUAAGAAAAUAUAGCUAUUGAUAAAUGAAGAGUUUUAAAUAUUGACUCAAAAGAGAGGGUGUGUUGUCAGUUUCAGAAUCAUGAUAAAAAAAGAGCCGUUCCUAUUUUGUUGAAGCUCCAUAGCUGUUAUUCUUUCAAACAAUCUGAGGCGCCGUUUCCCAAAUGUCCGAAUUUCCAAGUUCACAUCUAAGAAAAACCGGACAGGACUGUCUCAGAGCGCACGCCUUAUUUCUGCAAUGGUUAACUUGUAUCUUCAGUCACGACUUCAGUCAGCAGUUAGCUGUAAAAACAACUGUUAGGGCCACUGUUAAAAAAAAUGUAGGAAAAAAUAAAAUAAAAUUUAAUGACAUGAGAAUACAGUCAGAAUUUCACGUUUGUAAUAUUAAAUAAAGUCAUAAGAAUAAAGUCAUUAUUACAGGAAAACAGACAUCAGUAUGUCUGUGUUUUAUCAGGUUGGCAGAUAUUGGCCUAUGGUGGAAUAUACUCUGGAAUAGAGAAGGACACCCAUAAAAUGGAGGUGAGUGAAAGAACCUCUUUCAUUACUGUAGAAUGCUCUAUAGUGUUAUUAAGAUAUUUAACUGCACAGUUAUCCGUAUCCGCACCGGCUAAAUCUCGAAGGUAAAAAUCCAGUGUCCCAAACAGCUCAAAGAUCCACUGUAUCGGCCGGCAAUGGGGGAAUUUUUCCUCUCUAAAAUCCUGUAUGGGUCAGGCUCUUAUUUCUUGGCUGUGCAUUUACAUUGUACAGUUAUCAUUUUUCCUUGCAAAACAUUUGGACUUUCUCUCACCCUCACAGUGGCCCUAACACUCUGUCACUAUUCUGACUGUACACUAGAUCAGCCAAAUUUCUUCUGGUCUCAAAAUUCAUGUAUAGUGAACUUCAUUUGUGAAUGAAGGUGCUCGAGACCCAGUUGAAAAAACUCACAGGAACUUACUUUUAUAUUUUGAAUCAGUGUGCCAUGGGGAGUUGUGGUAAUGAUGAUGAUGAUGAUGAUGUAAAAGCCUUCCUUUUCCCUGCUAAACAUUUACUGUGGCUGAAGAUUUGACAUCCAGAAAUCAUUCAAAUUCAAAACUCUUCCAGCUGUUUUUUGGAAUUCACAAAUGUGUCAGCUUUAUGGGAUAAAGUCCAGCAGUUUGUUUACGGCAGAUAGCGGUACUGUGAGCGCUGUACGCUGAAUCUAACCUUGAAACCAACAACAGCAGCCAUCUUGUUUCACUGUUUGUGAGAUCACAUCUACUAUACAUUUAGGUUUUUCUGUCUGAACCAUCGACACACAUCCGCCAUAACAUGGGCACUGACUGGUGAAGUGAAUAACGCUGAUUACCUGGUUAUCAUGGCUCCUGUAGCUCAAACUGCUGAAACAGUUAAUGCUGGUUCUGAUAGAAAGGUGACAGAACACUCAGUGCAGAGCACCAGGGAGCCCAGGUGAUCAUAAUGUUAUGGCUGAUUGGUGUGUGUUAAGAUGGAUGACAUGGUGGUUCUCUAAAAGUGAAGCCAAAGCAUCUCUAUGGCCCCCUCAUGGCUGACUGCAGUAUAGGUUAUAAAGCCUGUUGCCUCCAUGUUGGGCCAAACUAAAAAGAAAAAAGUCAAUGCAUUUUUUGGGGUUCGUGGUUCAGGAUUUCAAAUGCUGUCACCAACACAAGAUGACAGCGGCUGUAUCAGAGAUAUUUUGGGAGGAGGUGGAGACGUCCAUCUUUUAUGUCGGUGGUGUGAACCAGUGAUAUUGGGCCCAGAACUAAACUGGUGCAACAGAUUGCUGGACAACCUGUUUAACAGCUGUUUGUUACUGACAUAGGCUGUUCAUACUGCAAGCCUUAGCACUCAAUUGUUAUUUAUGGCUCAGAUCCAACUUUCUUUUGUUUUGUUUGGCUCUUCACAUUAUUUUUUGAAUGUGCCCCAUAUCAGAUUCCACACUGAAAUCACGCUGCAAAAAAUCCAAUCUGUAUCUGAUUUGGAUCCCAUGUGAAAGUCGCCCAAAUCAGAACAGAUCAGAUUCUGUGUUAUCUGUGCUGUUCACACGGUCAUGAAAAAGCAACGAAGACCAGGUCACAUAUGAGCCCUAGUGCUCUGGAACUCUGGACUUUGAAGUUCCUUGGGGGGUCCUUUCAAUUUCAAACUGGGGACGCAUCGUCUUAAUCCAGUCUGGGUCACCGACAGGACCACGAGUAGUAUGUACACGUGUCUGAGAACUGAACAGAUAAUCUAUGACAUCACAAGAAAGGAAAGGUCUUCAUUCAUUUUUUGUUUUUGCUUUUGCUGUACUUUGAGCAGAGUGGACGGCAAGCGAAGGCGGUGGGCUGCAGGUGUGUGUCGGCAAGCACAGUUUCGGCAGACUUCUCCCCCUGUUGGAUUGGGACGGGGCUGGGAAAUAAAUCAAAGAAAUGACAAAUAUGUGUACUGUAUAGCUUAACAUGCGUGUGAGUGUGUUUGUGGAUGGAUGUGUGUACGUAUGUUGUGUGGGGCUGGAGGAUUGAUAAUAAACUUACAACAAAAAGGUGGAA